AUGACAGCAGAGUUCGAUUGUAAUAUUCCAAGCUUCACUCAGUGCUCUCCGACCAAAGAAGACCUCGAUUAUGUUGACCUUGUCAACCUCGAUCUCUCAAAUUUUGACGACAUCAACCACCGCCAGCAACUAGCUGCGAGUCUCUUGAAAGGAGUCACCCGCCACGGCUUCCUAUCUAUCACCAACUAUGGCGUUCCGGAAACACUCUACUCCUCCCAGGUCGAUCUAGCCCAUGCCCUACUUACUCUCCCACCAGAGGAGAAGUGGCCCUUCGAAACGACACCCGAACAAGAAAAGAAGGGACUAAACAUUGGGUUUAAGCCUUCGGGAAGCCAGAAACAUAAGCAAGGGUUUCAUAAGACCUUGGAUCAUUACGAUUUCCCGGCUACUACACAUUCUCGUGACGAUGAGCAUCCCGGACUUUUGCAUUCGCACCUUGCUCAAGUCGAGAAACUUAUAAGUUACUUUCGUCAAGACUUACUGCCUAAACUUUUGGCACUCGUAGCGAUAGUACUAGAGGUGCCAGAAGGCCACCUUCUUUCCACACACGCGUCUGCCACACAGCCAUGCUCAGAGUACCUACGAUAUCUGCUGUAUCAUCCACGCCCUGCAGAAAGUGGGACGCAAUACCGAGACUUAUGGCUGGGAGGUCACACUGAUCUGGGCUCCUUCACAUUCCUCUUUUCUCAGCCAGUUUCCUCGUUGCAGAUACUGCUACCAUCCGGUGACUGGAAGUGGGUGCGCUACGUCCCUGGGGCCCUCAUCGUUAAUGUCGGUGAGGCCUUGGAGCUUAUGACAGGUGGACUCUUCCGGGCUACCGUACAUAGAGUUAUCAAGCCGCCGCCAGAUCAGGAAAGAGCGAAAAGGCUGGGCAUCAUCUACUUUGCCAGGCCAAAUGACGACCAACAACUUCACCCCCUCGACAGUCCCCUGCUUCGAAGGCUGGGAAUCCAUGAGCACUUCGACGAGAAAAUUUUCACAAUGUCACAAUAUCUACAUGCAAGGAAGCAUGGAUAUAAGAGGUUAGGCUUUGACCAUGCCCGGUCAAGGCUGGAGAGACUGGGGGCUGAGGCUGAUGGAGGUUCGCCGCAUGGAGAGCAUGCACUUCCGUCCCUUCAUGGUCUAGAGGUUACAACCUGA